AUGGAGGACGCGUUCAAGGCCCGCUUUAGUGGUAAGUCAAAUGGCGUGAACAAGCAGGCAGGGGGGCAUGGCAGUGAUGAUGGGAUGUUCAAGGCAGGAGGCAGACCAGGCACUAAUGAAGCAGCACUCCUCUGUGAGGCAUACAAAGCUCGUGGGUUUUGCCUCAACGGAACCUGUAAACGCAGUCAUACUCGUCCCGAAGAUGAGCAGUCGACUGGGAAAAAGCGAUACAGCGCCGAAGAGCUCGGAACGAUUGGUAGAAUCUGCCACGGACGCUUGCCACCCGCUUCGAUCGUGCAGGCAAUGUUCAUGUACGAGCUUCAACGCCAGGCGGAUAAUGAAAAGCUAUUCGAUUCCAUGAUAUUCCAACUUGCCCGUGGAGACGGUGUCACGUAUCCGGAGGUCGAGCGUCUCUCAGCGGUGGAGGACGAGAUCAAGAUGCUCAAACUUCAGUGGAAUGCGAAGCAAAAUGCCAAGGUCGAGCUCUGCAAGAGGCAGCUUGACGCCCACGAAGACCACUUUAGUAUGCUCACCACUAAAUUCGACGACAUCAAGGCAAUCCAGGAGCGACUCAGUCGCCAGAACGGCUACUUACAGCAGCUCGCCAAGACCGUCGAGGCCUGCGAGCAGAAGACUACGACCAUGGAUGGAGAAAUUGACAACGAGCUCUUUAACGCAAUGAUGAUCGGACUCCACCAGCACGAUAAGGAUCUCGACACCAUCUUCGCCGAGCGCGAUGCACUCCUCGAGCAGCUCCAGACAAGCAAUAACCGCAUCACGAAGCUUGAGGACCUGGUUCGCGCACUGACCGGAAAUAUGUCCCCUUCCAACAGCGCUUCUCCUACGAUGACCCAGCAGCUACCUGUGCACACCGCGAGCGGUCAGACGAUCAACCUCUCCGUCCCCAAAGGAGCUAGCAUCGGCAACAACACGAGGGAAAAUCGUGCACCAUCGGGCAUUCGAAGCUUUACCCCUGGUGAGCAGUGGGCUGCUUAG